AAUCCGUAUUCUGACAACGCUCAUAGUUACAGAGAAAAAUAGAUAAAUAAAUACAAUAUUUGUCUGAGACGCCGACGACUCAACCAAAGCCAGCCACCCCCUCCUUUCUUAUAAUUGCUUCGACUUUUCUUUGCUCUUGGACCAGCCGACUCAUUUGUUUCCCAUCACUCUUGCAUCCUGUUGUAGAAUUUUGCGAUUGAGAGAGAGAGAGAAUGUCUGCUGGAGGAACUCAGAAGAGCUUGAGGAAAGCACUGGGAGCCAUUAAGGAUUCCACGACUGUUUCAUUGGCGAAAGUCAAUAGUGAUUACAAGGAAUUGGACAUUGCUAUUGUUAAAGCUACAAAUCAUGUUGAGCAACCUGCUAAGGAAAAACACAUUAGAGCUAUUUUUGCUGCUAUUUCAGCUACUAGACCCCGAGCUGAUGUUGCCUAUUGCAUCCAUGCUCUUGCUAGACGGUUAUCAAAGACACAUAAUUGGGCGGUUGCAUUGAAAACUUUAAUUGUAAUUCAUCGUGCUUUGAGGGAAGUGGACCCCACAUUUCAUGAGGAGGUCAUCAAUUAUGGUCGAAGCAGGAGCCAUAUGCUUAACAUGGCUCAUUUUAAAGAUGAUUCCAGCCCAAAUGCAUGGGAUUAUUCUGCAUGGGUGCGCUGUUAUGCCUUAUUUUUGGAGGAGAGGCUGGAAUGUUUUCGUGUGUUGAAGUAUGAUGUUGAGACAGAUCACCCUAGAACCAAAGAUUUGGACACUGCCGAAUUGCUGGAGCACUUGCCCGCUCUGCAGGAGCUUCUGUUUCGAGUUCUUGGUUGUCAGCCACAAGGGGCUGCAGUUUAUAACUUUGUUAUUCAGUUGGCCCUUUCAUUGGUUGCAUCCGAAAGCAUUAAAAUCUAUCAGGCUAUAACUGAUGGUACUAUCAAUUUGGUUGACAAGUUCUUUGAGAUGCAACGCCAAGAUGCUCUGAGGGCCUUAGAUAUAUACAAGAGGGCUGGCCAGCAGGCUGAGAGACUGUCUGAAUUCUAUGAAAUAUGUAGAAAUAUUGACAUUGGACGUGGAGAAAGGUUUAUAAGGAUUGAGCAGCCUCCUGCUUCAUUCCUACAAGCAAUGGAAGAAUAUGUAAGAGAAGCUCCACGGGGUUCAACAUUUAGGAAAGAUCAGGUGGUUGACAAUAAAAUUUCUGCCCCUAAGGAAGUUUUGGCCAUAGAGUACCAAAAAACCCCAGAGGUGGACACAAAGCCACCCUCACCUCCUCCACCAGAACCAGUAAAAGUAGAAGAGCCUGUUGUUGAACCUCCUGAUUUAUUGGGUCUGGAAGAUCCUGCUCCAGUUGCUUCAGAAUUAGAUGAGAAGAAUGCUCUUGCUUUAGCUAUCAUUCCAGCUGAUGCUGAGCAAAAACCUUCUGUGGCUCCCAAUCAUGCAAAUGGAACUACAGGCUGGGAAUUGGCGCUUGUUACUGCUCCAAGUUCAAACGAAAGCGCCGCUGCUGCUAGCAAAUUGGCGGGAGGCCUAGACCUGCUUACACUAGACAGCCUGUAUGAUGAUGCAAUGAGAAGAAACAACCAGAAUGUAAGCUACAACCCUUGGGAGACACCGGCAAUGGCUGGUCCAAUGAUGCAACAAACAGGACAUGAUCCCUUUUAUGCCUCGGGCAUGGUUGCUGCUCCACCUUCAGUGCAGAUGGCAGCCAUGACAAACCAACAGCAGGCUUUCAUGUUGCAGCAGCAGCAGCAUCAGCAGAUGAUGAUGAUGGGCCAGCAACAACAGCCUUUGAAUCCUUUCGCAAACCCAUAUGGAACCGUAACCAGUGCCCAUCCCUAUGGCACAGGUAUGCCUGUUCAAGCCUACAAUCCAUAUACAGGCCUUAUAUAGUUAAUUUUAGCAAAACAGACAUGUUCUAUAUCAGUACACCUGGUGGAAAAUAGGAAUGUUGAGUUUGGGAUUCAGCCGCAGGUAAGUUUCAGAUUAUACAAUUGUGUACCAUAUGUUGUGCAGGUGCAGUACUUAGGUAGAAUCACAUUCUUUCUAUAAUAACUAGUGAGGGGGAGAGCUCUGUUUGCCAAUUAUUUAUAUUGAUGAAGAUUGGAAUAAUAUUUGUCUAGACCAUAGAACUUAUUUUCCUAUUGACCUGCUUAGAAGCUGUUGAUGUUGAAGCAGGAAACCCUUUUCUUUUUUAUUACUAUUAGCCCCCUCUUGCAGUUCUGGUAAGGUUCUUAUACAUGAUAGAAAUGAUUUGUAAUCUUUGUGACUUUACCACUUUUUUAUAAAUGAGACGUUCAAAUUUGAUCUA